AUGGCUUUCGACACAUCCGUCGACUCCACCAACCCCGGGGGACUUGUAUAUGUGCUUGAUUUCCUGCCGCAGGCCCUCGAUGAACGCCGUCGUUGCGGCUUCGGAAGAUGCAUAAGGGAUGAGAUUGGGCAGCGCCACGUAAGAAGCGCCGCUCGACCGCGUGACAAUGUGGCCCUUGUUAUUCCUCAGCAUGGCGGGGAGGAACUCCUUGGUCGUGUUCCACAGCGACAGCACAUUGAUCUCGUAGACGUGCCGCACAAACUCGGGACGUGUGUCCAGCAGGCUGCAGUAGCCCGCAACACCGGCGUUCUGGAUGAGGAUCGACGGGUGGCCCAGCGACAGCCUGAUCUCGUCCGCCGCGCCCUUGACGGCCUCGGGGUUCCGCACAUCGCACCUCCACCACUUUAUCUUCCUGUUCGCGGCCAGAUCCCGGGGGAGGUCCUGCUCGUCGAGGAUGACGACCGUGACGCCCUUGGCGACCAGACCGAGGACGAUCUCCCGUCCAAUGCCGCCGCACCCGCCCGUCACGACGGCGAUCUCCUUGCUCCAGUCCCCCCACUUAUUCUUCAUCGUCGGUAG